AUGUCGCUUUCAGUGCAGUCCUUAAAUGGAGACACUUCCUUCCUUCUUACCUUCGACCCACCUGCAGCCCCACCGUCGUCCCCGGGCUUGUUUCCCGGUUCUUUUACGAUUCUAGUUGACCCCUGGCUGACUGGGCCAUCGAUUAUCCUCAACUCUGUCUUCUCACACUCGGAGCAAAGGGCAAAGCCGUCCAUCUCGAAUCUCCGAGACCUGGAUCGCGAGCCUGACCUCGUGUUGAUAUCCCAAGACAAGCCCGACCAUUGCCAUGAAGCGACACUGCGUCAACUGCCACCAGACGGCGAGUCGACCAUUCUAGCCAUUCCCGCUGCAGCCAAGAAGAUUCGAUCGUGGAAGCACUUUCGUCCCGAGGCCGUACAUGCCCUUCCACGAUUUGCACAGGGAGAUGACCGAUCUGUCCAUCGCAUUGUGCUACCCCCACCUUCGGCUCGAGGAACGUGUGGUGAAGUGACGGUGACCUGGAUACCUGCGAAACGCGACAUCUCCAAGGUCCACCAUGCUAUUGGUAUAACAUAUCGGCCUCCAUGCACGGUGCUCUCUUCGCUCAGCCCAAUGCACUACAUUGAUCUUCCCAUGAGCCCGCCUCCGUCGCCAGGAUCCCCGAUGACGAUUGCAUCGUCGCCUCGCACCAUUGUGCCCUCGCCGUACAACAAUCGUGAAAAGACGCUGUCGGUCAUCUACUCGCCCCAUGGAGUUUCAUACGACAUGAUACGGCCAUAUGCCAGCUCGUAUCUUGUUUCUGAAUCAGCCUUGCCUCUAACUGCGCUUCUUCAUUCUUUUGACUGCGUCGAAAACCCAUGGUGGCUUGGCGGCAACAUAUCAGCCGGGUCUCCGGGCGGGACUGAGAUCGCCAAAAGCUUGUACGCAAAAGCUUGGAUCUCUGCCCACGAUGCAGACAAAGACAAUCGUGGCUGGGCAGUCAAGCUGACGCAGAUUGCACAGCAUGCCGCGGGAGAAGUGAGGAAGAUGCUCGACGAGGGCGUGGUGAGAAAAAAGUUGCCAAAUACAGAAGUCAUCACAUUAAGUUCUGGGCAAUGCUAUCGGAUUACUGCCGGCUGA